AUGAAUCCUGCUACUGCAAAUAGUAAUACUAAUACUGCUGUUAAUAAUACUGAUUCUGCUACUACUAAUACUACCACUGACACUAAUAUUACUUCUACUGGUAAUAAUAAUACGAAUACUACAUCUACUAUUACUAUCAGUACUACUGGUUGUACUACAAAUAUAACUACUAAUAUUAAUACUACUACUCCUUAUACUACUAGUACUAAUUCUAAUAAUACAAACACUACUAACACCAAUAAUACUACUACUAUUUCUACAACUACUACUACUGGUAAUAUUACUAAUUCUAAUAGUAAUACUACUACCAGUGCUAUUAGGACCUCAACUAAUUCUUUUAAUAGUACUACUACUAUUACUAGUAAUACUACUACAAUUAUUAAUACUACUACUACUACUGGUAAUAUUAAUAAUGCUACAACUGCUGCUAAUGCUGCUACUCAUAAUAAUGCAAUCACUAAUACUACAAGUACUACGACAACUACUGAUAACAAUAUCGAUAACAAUAGGAUUGCAAAUACAAGUACUAAAACUAUUAUUACCAGUAGUAAUGAUACUAAUACUAUUACCACUACUACUACUACUACUACAGCUGUUGUGUUCAACCACUCACCAAUCAUGCAAUACAUCCGUGAAACAAUCGGAAAGUUAUGCUAA